CACCGUGUGUGAUGCUGACCCCUUCCUCUUCCCCGCAGAUACCAUGGAAUGCGAAGUCUGUUUUUCUGCAUCCACGGCAAUCGAGCAAACAAUACAAUGCUACGAGGAAAGCUCCGCAUUAGAUGUACAAGUGCGUCAUCCUUGUGGAUCUUACUCCCCUUCAAAAGCGGAGGGAGAAUGGUACCGCAGGGAUAUGACCUCCGCAAAACAUCAGAAGGAGGCGUGCUUCUCUCUUCAACUGUCAAGGAUCCCCACAUUCCACAUCGCCACGACUGUUGGACCCUGCAUCAUCCUGAUUGUGCUGAUGACCAUCACCUUCAUCAUGCCCAUAGGAGAAGGAGACCGGAUCUCCUUCGGAGUGACCAUUCAACUGUCUAUGGUCGUCUCUCUUGUGUUUGUUACAGACGUUAUUCCUGUCAAGGGAGCUCUACCAUUUUUCGCCACGCUGAUCAUCGUGUGCAUGGGCCUGAUGGGACUGUUCCUCUUUCUCACCAUGGCCGUCAUCUUCAUUCACGGCAAAGAGGGGAGCCUGUCUCCCACGGCGAGGGUUAUUUUCCUCCGCUACACAGCAAGGAUAUUACUUCUGGGAGAUCUCAUGGAGGACAAGCAAGCCAGCGCCGGUACCGCGGGCGGUGACGAUCCCCUGACCAACCACGCUGCCGUAGAGCUGACCAUCGCCUUUGACGACAAUGGCAUGGUGGCUAAGGAUGGAAGAAGCGCCCCUGAAAUGUGGAUGUGGGGUGGUGGAAGAUCCAGGAUAAUUGGACGGGCGUUUCAGCCUCCUACAGGGCGUAGGUCCACUGGAUCCUCGGGAGAGAAUGAGCUGACCAGGACGGUGAGGAAAGGAAACGAGGAUCUGAUCAAGGCCGUGAAGAUCGGAACGGAGAAGAUGGGCGAAAGGUUCACCGAGUUGAAGAACGAGAUGAAGGAGCUGACCAAGGCAGUAAAGAACGAGGAGGUGGUGUCCGACUACACCUUGCUGGCGAAGGUUCUGGACAGGCUGUGUCUGAUCCUGUACGUCAUCAGCAUCGUGGCAGCCAUUCCAUUGACCAGGUAUUUGAGCAGGUAAACAGUAUGAUGUAGCUCCAAAAGUGCACUGAUGUGGUAAAUGUAUAAGUCGAACUAUUUGCAAUUUUCAUCAAGCAGCAUAGUUAUUUUAAUACUAUCAAUUCAAUAAGAUUAAGAUUUUUCAGCCCUGUUGUGGGAUAAGCUGACGUUGUUGAAAUGUGUGUCAAGUAUUGAUCCUUUGCCAUUAAAGCAUUGUGUUUGUUACUUAGAUUAGAAAAAUCAUUUUAAAUGUGUGAUGAUGUGAAAAUUCAGCAAACGUUGCAAUGGAAAUGGUCAACUACCAAGACGCUUAAGAGGCUUUUGCAGAAUGCUACCUAAUGUUAUGUGUUUGACACAUAAUGAGAUAAUAGGUCAAGCUGUCAAUCUGAGAAUCAUUAGAUCCACAACUGCGAUGUCAAAACUAAAAUUUAUGGGUUAGAUACUUUUUAACAUCUGAUCUACUGGUAUGUACAGUUAAUUUCAUGUUUGCCAUAUGUAGCCAGAGUCCUAUGGAGAACUUGCAUCUUCAAAUAUGUAACGUUAGAUCUAUUACCUUGCAGUUUCAGUAGAAUACAUUAGGAUAUCUCAAUCACCGUAACAACGUUGAGUUCGGACCCAGAAAUGGAUAUAGCGGUGCUGAAAUACUGUGAUGUAUUCUAAUGCUUUCUUUACAAUAAAGCAAAAUCAAGUCGUAAAACUGGUGAUUGCAGUGACACUAACCUUGGGGCGAAUUGGAUACUGAUACAAAUUGGAUUUGACGCUCUUGGGACAACCUAAAACUGAUGCGUGCG